AACUAACACAAAUUACUUCAAAAAAUGUUCAAGUUCUUAAAUUUGUGCGCUUUUUUAUAUUUUGUAUCGUUGGUGACAUCGCAAAGUGUAGACGAUGUGGAAUAUUGUACAAUUGAAACAGAGAGUGGAUUUAUUCGUGGCAAAGAGAAUUACACAUUGUUCGACAGUAAAUUGUAUUACUCAUUUCGCGGCAUUCCUUUUGCAAAGCCACCGAUCAAUGAUCUUCGAUUCAAAGCUCCCGUUAAAAACGAUCCGUGGCUAGGAGUACUUGAUGCAUUUAAUUUUAAAGACGAAUGUCUUCAAAAAAGUCUACACAACAUAUUUGGUUCGGAAAAUUGCUUGUAUUUAAACGUGUUCGUUCCAUUGAAUUGCGCGCAAAUCAAUUCAAGUGCAAAACUUCCGGUGUUAAUUUAUAUUUAUGGUGGAAUAUUUUUGUUUGGUACACCGCGAUACAUGAUGCCGGAUUUUUUAAUAGAUAACGAUGUCAUAGUUGUUACGUUUAGCUACAGAUUGGGUAUCAUGGGAUUGGUAUCUUUGAAUUUGCCAGAGUAUUCGGGUAAUAUGGCAAUGAAAGAUCAAAGACAGGUUCUGAGAUGGGUGAAUGAGAAUAUUGAACGAUUUGGUGGUGAUAAAAAUCGAGUUACUCUCAGUGGACACUCUUCUGGCUCUAUUUGUACCAAUUUUCACGUAAUGUCACCUCAGUCAAAGCAUUUGUUCCAAAGAGGUCUUAUGUUAGAGGCAUCCGCUCUCAACUCACUUUUACCAUCAAGUGGUGAAUUUUAUACAAAUUUGUUGUAUGGAUUAGCGAGGAACUUAAAUUUUCCGGCUUCAAAUAAAUAUGAUCUGAUUAAAUUCUUGAAUCAAAUUGACGGCGAAGUUUUGGUGAAUAGACUGUAUCCUAAUCUUAAAUUUAUGGAUAACGGUCGUGUUGGUUUUUACGUUUGGAAUUUUAUCGUUGAACCAAAAGAUGCAAUCGAUCCAUUUUUAACCGAAUUGCCUUUUGACAUUUUGACGAGUGACAACUACGAAAGCAACAUCGACACCUUGUACACUGUUGCGCCUAUGGAAUAUAUAAAUGUUGAUCGAAACCAAUUUGAUACCGAGUCUUUGAAACGCAUUGACGAAAUUUUCGAGUUUGAACUUCCGUUAGGAAAAGAACCAAUGGACUUCGAUUCGGCUGCUUACAAAGAUAUUUCGAAUAAUAUUCGAAACUUUUAUUUCGGCGGCGGAUCAGUUAAAACGCCAAAUAUUCCACAGUUAUUUGAUUUGUUGUCAGAUAUCAAUCUUGUAUAUGGAAUGGACCUGACUACACGUAUUCAAGCUAAAAAAUCCACCGGACGUACAUAUUACAGCCAAUUUUCGGUUGACACUGAUUUUAGCUUCAGCAAUAAAUACACACAAUCGGCAAACCUUCCAGUUAGGUUUUCGAUGCAUGUGGAUUUAUUGUAUUAUUUGUUUCGAUACACCGAAUCUCCAGUUGGAGAUGCUUUCUCUGACAAGUAUUAUCAAAAUCUCGAUACAACUACGCGCAAAAUUAUUCAAAAUACUGCCAAGUUUUUCGCGGACUUUAUAAAGUUUGGAAAUCCAAUGCCGAAUGAUGAGCCCAUCGUGCUUAAAAUGCCGAAUUCCAAUCAUUUGAAUUACUUUGACAUUAGAAAUGAAGGGAUUUUUGCCGAAACCGAUUUAAACGAGGUUCGAAUGAAAUUUUGGGAUGACAUUUUCACCAAUUAUAAACAUGAAUUGAAUACAACCUUCAACUUUCACAUCCUAAGAGAUGAUGUUUCUUUGUAAACUUGUGAAAAAGAAAAUUAAUCAACAUUUAAUACAUGCAUUUUUGGGGUUUUGUCAAAGUUGGCCGGGAGCGUCACUUGAAGAACUCUAUAGUAUUUUUUUUAUUGAGUAAAGGCAAAAUAAAAACCUCCAGCAAGUCUUAAAGCUGUAGAUAUGGUUUUUUCUACUACUAUUUAGGUACUUUACUCGCAAUAUAUAUAAAAAAAACCAAAGACUCAAAAAUAAAUAUGAAUUUAUGUUGAAAA